UUACACCCCUUGUACAUCUCUCUGACUACCUUUCCGUUCUCUAAAUUCUUUCGCAAAAUCGAACGCUUGAUCUUCCAGUUCUUGAAUUUCGGAAUUGAUUUUUCUAUUUUCCGAUUGAAGGUCAAGCACCUAUAUUGAUUGAUUCAGUUGCCGGGCAGAUGAAGGCAUGCAGUGGCAAUGCGUUCCGGUUGUAGACACAAAAUUGGGGUGGAUCGGCUGGAGAAUUUGAUUGGGAAAUGGGAGCUUCUCCGGCCAAGUUCUUGUUCGGAUUUCUGUUUGUGUCCAUCGUCUUAUGGAUUAUGUUCGUGUUUGCUUCCAGGUUACUGGCAUGGAUUCUCAGUCGGCUUAUGGGGGCCUCAGUUGGAUUUCGGGUUGGGGGUUGGAAAUGCUUGAGAGACAUUGUUCUGAAGUUUAAUAAGGGUACAAUUGAAUCCAUAUCCAUUGGAGAAAUCAGGCUAAGUUUGCGACAGUCUUUGGUUAAGCUCGGGGUUGGUUUCCUUUCUAGAGAUCCAAAAUUGCAGGUGUUAAUAUGUGAUUUAGAAGUAGUAAUAAGGCCUUCAAAGAAAAGCACUCCGAAAAGUAGGUCAAAAAAGUCCCGCAGCUCAGGCAGAGGAAAAUGGAUGGUUGUGGCUAACAUGGCAAGGUUUUUGUCAAUUUCUGUGACCGAGUUCGUGUUAAAGUCACCCAAGGCUAUUUUGGAUAUUAAAGAACUGAGAGUAGACAUAACCAAAGAUGGUGGUUCUGAAGCUGGCUUGUUUGUAAAGCUUCUGAUUUUUCCUAUUAAUGUACACCUUGGUGAAUCGCGAGUAACAUCUGAUCAGCUCAUAAAUUCUGGUGGAUCUUUCACUUUUAACCAGCCCAUUGAUGGGGCUUGUUCUCCUUUCAGAUGUGAAGAAUUGUCUCUCUUGUGUGAGUUUGGUCAUGAUAGGGAAUCAGGUGUAGUUGUUAGGAAUUUGGAAGUUUCAAUUGGGGAAGUCCACAUUAACUUAAAUGAAGAUUUACUUCUCAAAGAGAAGGAUUCGUCAGACCCUUCUUCUCAAACUUCCUCACAAGUGGUACAAGCGGAUAAGGAAUCUGGUUCUGCUAAAAAACCACAGCGAAAGCAAGCUUUGCCUGCUGUAUUCAAGCACACUUCUAUAUUUCCUGAGAAGGCCUCCUUCAUUCUACCUAAACUUGAUGUGAAGAUUGUACAUCGGAGUUAUGGACUUUUGGUUGAGAAUGACAUUAUGGGAAUCCAACUAAAAUGCACGAAAUCUCAAGCUGUUGAAGAUGAUGAGAACAUAAGACUUGAUCUUCAGAUGGAGUUUAGUGAGAUCUAUCUGCUCAGAGAAGCUGGCGUGUCAGUUGUGGAAAUACUGAAACUUGAUGUUGUUUCCUCCACUUACAUUCCACUAGAGCCUAACUUUUCUAUCAGAUCUGAAAUUGAUGUUAUGCUUGGAGGCACACAAUGCAACUUACUUGUGAACAGAUUAGAGCCAUGGAUGCAAAUUCGCUUGCCGCGUAAGCAGAAAAAAGAACUGUUGGAAGAAGGUACUGUAAAAGAAAAAUCAAAGUCAUCUGAACAGAAGAUAAUCUUGUGGACAUGCACUCUUUCAGCCCCUGAGAUGACUGCUGUCCUUUAUAGUUUGGAUGGCAUCCCACUUUACCAUGGCUGUUCACAAUCUUCACACAUAUAUGCUAACAACAUAUCUGGCACAGGUGCAACACUACACAUGGAGCUUGGUGAACUGAACUUACACAUGUCUGAUGAAUAUCAGGAAUCUCUGAAAGAAAGCUUGUUUGGCGUGGAAACAAAUACAGGUUCAUUAAUGCAUGUUGCUAAGGUUAGUUUGGACUUGGGCAAGAAAGAUAUGGAUUCACCUGAAGGUGGUUUGAAAAGUAAGUUGGUGCUUGGUGCUGAUGUUACUGGUAUGGGUGUGUACUUGACCUUUCGGCGUCUUGAAUCACUGAUAUCAACUGCUUUAUCCAUGAAGGCCUUGGUGAAAAAGUUAUCUGCUUCAAGUAAGAAACCAACACAAAUCAAAGAAACAAAGAUAUCACGGUCGUCCGGCAAAGGGAUCCGCCUUUUGCGAUUCAAUCUUGAAAGGUGCUCUGUGAAUUUCCAUGGAGAUGUGGGCUUGGAUAACGUUGUUCUUCCAGAUCCGAAACGUGUUAAUUAUGGAUCCCAAGGUGGUAGGGUUUUAAUUACCAACUCUGCAGAUGGAACCCUCCGCACUGCUCAUAUAUUGCCUACAGUUUCAGAAGAAUGCAAUACGCUGAAGUAUUCUUUAUCACUUGAUAUUUACCACUUCAGCUUUUGCAUGAACAAGGAAAAGAGAACCAUACAGGUGGAGCUUGAAAGAGCUAGGUCAUUUUAUGGGGAAUUUCCUGAAGACAAGAAUUCUGGAGGAAAAAUUUCAUUACUUGAUAUGCAGAAUGCAAAGCUCGUUAGGCGAUCCGGAGGUCUUAAAGAAAUUGAGGUCUGCUCUCUCUUCAGUGCCACAGAUAUAUCUUUAAGGUGGGAGCCUGAUGUGCACAUCGCAUUAUUUGAACUAGGGUUGUCUCUGAAGUCAAUGCUGCAUAGUCAUAAACCUCAAGCACAUGAUGAUGGGCAGACAAUUCACCAGAUGAAAGAUAAUGAGCCAAAGGAGACAUCUUUGGGUUCCAAGAAAUCUGAAACACCAUCAAAGAAAAGAGAAAACAUUUUCGCUAUCGAUGUGGAAAUGCUUAGCAUUUCUGCCGAGGUUGGAGAUGGAGUUGAAGCAUUUAUCAAGGUUGAAUCUAUCUUUUCAGAAAAUGCUCGCAUUGGGGUGCUUCUUGAAGGAUUCAUGCUCCAUCUGAAUGGAGCUAAAGUUUUUAGAAGCAGCAGGAUGCAAAUAUCUCGAGUUCCUAAUCCAACUGGAAGUUCAUCGGAUGGAAAAUCUGAAACACUUACUAUUUGGGACUGGGUAAUUCAAGCCCUUGAUGUGCAUAUAUGUAUGCCAUUUAGAUUGGAACUCCGUGCAAUUGAUGACUCGGUGGAAGAAAUGCUUCGAGCUUUGAAGCUGGUGAUUAAUGCUAAAACUAGAUGUAUUUUUCCUCAGAAAAAAGAUCAGGCUAAACCCAAAAAGGCUAGUUCAACAAGACUUGGAUGCAUAAAGUUUAGCAUACGAAAACUAGUUGCUGAUAUCGAGGAAGAACCAAUACAAGGUUGGCUUGAUGAGCAUUAUCAGCUUUUGAAGAAAGAGGCUCGUGAAUUAGCUGUUAGGUUAAGUUUUCUUGAUGAACUUAUUUCUAGGAUUAAUGGUGAUCCUAAUGAUUCUGUUGAAGGGAAGAUUCACCAUAAUGAGAAGGUUGAUUGUAAGGAUGCUUCAGCUAUUCAGAAAUUGCGUGAUGAGAUAUACAAAAGGUCAUUCUGGUCAUAUUACCAGGCAUGCCAGAGCCUUAUCCCAUCACAAGGAUCUGGUGCCUGUAAAGAUGGUUUUCUGGCCGGUUUCAAGCCUAGUACAGCCAGAACCUCUCUUUUUUCCAUUUGUGCUACUGAGUUAGAUUGCAGCAUCACAAAAAUUGAGGGUGGUGAUGCUGGGAUGAUUGAAGUUAUACAGAAACUUGAUACAGUAUGCCGGGCCCAUAACAUUCCAUUUUCAAGAUUGUAUGGGGGGAACAUCAAUUUGCGUGCAGGCUCGCUUGUUGCUCAGAUUAGAAACUACACUUAUCCGCUAUUUGCUGCAACUGGUGGUCGGUGUGAAGGUCGUCUUGUGCUAGCUCAACAGGCAACCUGUUUCCAGCCACAAAUUCAACAAGAGGUCUACAUUGGAAGAUGGAGGAAAGUGCAGAUCCUUCGCUCAGCUAGUGGCACAACGCCACCAAUGAAAACAUAUUUGGAUUUGCCUAUACAUUUCAAGAAAGGGGAAAUUUCAUAUGGUACUGGUUUUGAACCUUCCUUUGCUGAUAUCAGCUAUGCUUUCACUGUGGCUCUCCGCAGAGCUAAUCUGUGUAUUAGGAAUCCAAAUCCUGUGGUUCACCCUCCAAAGAAAGAAAAGAGCUUACCUUGGUGGGAUGAAAUGAGAAAUUACAUUCAUGGGCAUACCACUUUAUACUUUUCUGAGACAAAGUGGAAUGUUCUUGCAACUACUGAUCCCUAUGAAAACUCAGAUAAACUACAUAUUGCUACAGGCUAUAUGGAAAUCCAGCAAUCUGAUGGUCGGGUUUAUGCUUCUGCUAAGGAUUUCAAAAUAUUUGUAAGCAGUUUGGAGAGCUUACUGAAAAAUUGCAUCUCGAAACAUCCUACAGGAUUUCCUGCGCCUCUUAUUGAAGCCCCUGCAUUUGCUCUUGAAGUAACAAUGGAUUGGGAUUGUGCAUCUGGGAAUCCGCUGAAUCAUUACUUAUUUGCACUACCUAAUGAGGGUUUACCUCGUGAAAAAGUUUACGAUCCGUUUCGAUCAACAUCUCUUUCCCUGAGAUGGAAUUUCUCCUUAAGGCCUCUCUCUCCAAAUAAUUUCCAGUCACCAUCAUCUUCUCUUGAGAAUGGAGUAGUUCUGGAUGGAAUUUCUUCCAAUCCAUUAUUAACAGGGAAUGCAUCAUAUGAUUCACCUACUCUGAAUCUUGGUCCUCAUGAUUUAGCAUGGCUGCUCAAAUUCUGGAGCUUAAAUUAUAUUCCCCCUCAUAAAUUACGGUCAUUUUCCAGGUGGCCACGGUUUGGUAUCCCCAGAGUUCCCAGAUCAGGUAAUCUGUCACUUGAUAGAGUAAUGACAGAAUUUAUGUUCCGAAUUGAUGCUACCCCUGCAUGUAUAAGGCACAUGCCUUUGCAUGAUGAUGAUCCAGCAAAGGGACUAACGUUUAAGAUGACAAAGUUGAAAUAUGAAUUCUAUUAUAGUCGGGGUAAGCAAAAGUUUACAUUUGAAUGCAAGCGUGAUCCUCUGGAACUUGUAUAUCAAGGUCUUGACCUCCACAUGCCCAAAGUGUACAUAAAUAAGGAAGAUUGCACAACUGUUGCAAAAGUAAUUCAAACAACUAGGAAAAGGUCACUGACCCUUUCAAUGGAUAGGAUACCAAGUGAUAAAAACAGAACCACCAGCUCAGAAAGACAUCAGGAUGAUGGGUUUUUGUUAUCAUCUGAUUAUUUUACGAUACGCAAGCAAUCCCCAAAGGCUGAUCCUGCAAGGUUAUUGGCAUGGCAAGAAUCUGGUAGAAGAAAUCUUGAGAUGACGUAUGUGAGAUCUGAAUUUGAAAAUGGUAGUGAAAGUGAUGACCAUGCAAGAUCAGAUCCCAGUGAUGAUGAUGGAUACAAUGUUGUAAUUGCUGACAAUUGUCAACGGAUUUUUGUAUAUGGUCUGAAACUUCUGUGGACUCUUGAAAAUAGAGAUGCUGUUUGGUCUUGGGUAGGUGGGAUAUCCAAGGCAUUUGAACCUUCAAAGCCUUCUCCCUCUCGCUUACGUGCGCAAAGAAAAUUACAGGAUGAAAGCAAUGCCUCAGAUCAUGUGAAGACAAAGAAAAAUGAUAACCAAAAAUCUCACAUCAUUGACGUCGCAAGUUCUUCUUCCCAGUACAUCGAAGCUUCAAAAUCUCAUUCUUCCCCGUCGAAUUCAGAGGCAGUGGAAAAUCCUUUUCCUAGUGCAAUCAUGAAAUACAGCAAAAUAGAUGAUCCUGAAGAGGAAGGCACCCGUCAUUUCAUGGUGAAUGUCAUUGAGCCACAAUUUAAUCUUCACUCAGAGGAAGCUAACGGUAGGUUCUUACUUGCUGCUAAGAGUGGCCGAGUUUUAGCACGAUCCUUUCAUUCAGUUCUACAUGUUGGCUAUGAAAUGAUUGAACAAGCACUUGUUGGGGAAAUGAUCCAGCUGCCUGAUUCUAACCCAGAAAUGACAUGGAACCGCAUGGAGUUCUCUGUAAUGUUAGAACAUGUGCAGGCUCAUGUAGCCCCGACUGAUGUGGAUCCUGGCGCUGGACUGCAGUGGCUUCCUCGAAUUGGCCGGAGCUCGCCCAAAGUAAAGCGUACCGGCGCUCUACUAGAGAGGGUAUUUAUGCCCUGUGACAUGUACUUCCGCUAUACAAGACACAAAGGUGGCACUCCUGAUUUAAAGGUUAAACCAUUGAAGGAACUUACAUUCAACUCUCAUAAUAUAACAGCUGCAAUGACCUCAAGACAAUUCCAAGUCAUGCUUGAUGUCUUGACCAAUCUUCUUUUUGCUCGACUUCCGAAGCCACGGAAAAAUAGUCUAACAUAUUCAACUGAAGAUGACGAUGAUGUUGAAGAGGAGGCAGAUGAAAUGGUUCCUGACGGUGUUGAAGAGGUAGAAUCGGCUAAAAUUAACCUUGAAAAGAAAGAGAGGAUGCAGAAGUUGAUCCUUGAUGAUAUAAGGAAAUUGUCAACGCAGUGUGAUAUCUCUGCAGAUCCACAUCCAGAGAUGGAAAUAGAACUGUGGAUGGUAACUAGCGGAAGAUUCACACUGGUGCAAAAAUUGAAAAAAGAACUCAUGAUUGCACAUAAGGCAAGACAGGCUGCAUCAACAUCACUAAGACAGGCUUUGCAGAAAGCUGCACAGCAAAGAUUAAUGGAGAAAGAAAGAAAUAAAAGCCCUUCUUGUGCUAUGCGUAUUUCUUUGCAGAUUAAUAAGGUGGUGUGGGCCAUGUUUGUUGAUGGAAAAUCUUUUGCUGAAGCUGAGAUAAAUGACAUGAUCUAUGAUUUUGACAGAGAUUACAAGGAUGUUGGUGUUGCUAAAUUCACUACAAAGUACUUUGUUGUGAGAAACUGCCUUCCUCAUGCCAAGUCUGACAUGCUCCUGUCUGCAUGGAAUCCUCCUGCUGAGUGGGGAAAAAAAGUUAUGCUACGUGUGGAUGCAAAACAAGGAUUUUCAAAGGAUGGUAAUUCCCCCCUUGAAUUAUUUCAGGUGGAAAUUUUCCCUUUAAAAAUACAUUUGACCGAGUCCUUGUACAAGUUGAUGUGGCAAUACUUCUUUCCUGAAGAAGAACAAGAUUCCCAAAGGAGGCAGGAAGUGUGGAAGGUUUCAACUACAGCUGGUUCAAGGCGGGUAAAGAAAGGUUCAACAGUUCAUGAUGCAUCUACAUCUGGCAUUCAUACCACAAAAGAUGCGGAAACAUCUAAAUCUAGCUCCUCUGCCUUUGCGGUGUCGAGCACUGUUAUUCAGUCUAGCACUACUGCCAAUACUUCCCAUGCAUCCAAAUUUCAAAAUCCAAACGCAUAUAGUGUUGGCCGCUCAAAACCAGAACUGCGAAGAUCAUCCUCCUUUGAUAGAACAUGGGAAGAAAAUGUAGCAGAAUCCGUGGCUAAUGAGCUUGUAUCACAGGCGAACUCCUCCAGCAAAGGCAGUUCCGGCACUGGUGUUGAGCAGCAAGAUGAAAUCACAAGAAAUAAAUCAAAAGAUAACAAACUAGUAAAACCUGGCCGAUCCUCCCAUGAAGAGAAAAAGACAGGAAAAGUGCAAGAUGAGAAACGAUCUCGACCUCGAAAGUUGAGGGAGUUCCACAAUAUCAAAAUUAGUCAGGUUGAGCUGCUAGUUACAUAUGAAGGGUCGAGAUUUGCAGUAAGCGACUUAAGAUUGCUGAUGGACACUUUUCAUCGUGUUGAGUUCACGGGGACUUGGAGAAGGUUAUUCUCUCGAGUAAAGAAGCACAUAAUUUGGGGGGUGCUAAAAUCAGUCACGGGGAUGCAGGGAAAGAAGUUCAAAGAUAAAGCUCAAUCAAGUAGCAUCGGUGCCCCGGAGAAUGAUCUCAAUCUCAGCGACAGUGAUGGAGGUUCAGCUGAGAAAACUGAUCCGAACCCCAUGUCCUGGCCCAAGCGCACCAACGAUGGAGCAGGCGAUGGUUUUGUUACCUCUAUACGGGGCCUCUUCAACUCUCAGCGCCGCAAGGCCAAAGCUUUUGUUCUGCGAACCAUGAGGGGCGAAGCCGAGAAUGAACUCCACGGUGAAUGGAGCGAAAGUGAUGCCGAGCCAUUUGCCAGACAGCUCACCAUCACCAAAGCUAAAAGGCUGAUCAGACGUCACACUAAGAAGUUUCGUUCUAGAGGACAGAAAAAUUUAUCGAUGCAGCAGAAAGAGUCACUCCCUGCAUCCCCCCGGGAAAGCACCCCCUAUGAAAGCGAUUCUUCAAGCGGAUCCUCACCCUAUGAGGAUUUCCACGAAUAAUAUCUCCAGAUAUCUUAUAGAAAUCAUAUUCUUCCCAAGUUCCUAGAUGGAGCUUCUGGAACAGCCUUUUUCGCCCGAUCAAGUUUGAUGAUCUCCAAUCAGUCUGUGGGGCAAAGAAAUCUGGAGUUCUUUUUCAUGCUAAAAAUAAGGUUUGAUCACCCCGACUGACGACAAAAUUCAUGCAACAAUUCAAGGACGAAAACUCCUAUUUCACGUGGAAGUUGUGCUAUCUGAUCCGGCUGUUCUGAUUGUGCUGAAAUAUUCUCGUCCUCUUUCGUGGAGCUGGUAAGCUUUACAUACUCAAUAAGUCUUGGUUGUCGUGUGCUGAAUGUCGAAAAAAAAAAAGGGUGCUAGCUAUUGUAUCACAUAUAAUAGAUACUAUAUAUGCAUAUAUAUAUAUAUCGAUGUGCUUACCUUUGUUAUAUCUGUAUAUGCUUAUGCUGCCUGGUUUGAGUGAAUUUUUUUAACGUGUA